UGCAAGGAAACGUUAGACUUCUUUAUAUAAACGUUCUUCCAAGUUUUAACUUGUGUUCCACGUUAUUUGCUAUAUCAAAGGUUUUUAUCUACGGUGUUGACAGUUCUUCCACGAAUAUCUGGAACUCUAGCAGACUCGUUGAAGAAAGACGCGACAGUCCAAGAGUAAACCCAGACGUUUUCCUGUCGCAAGCCCGUUCCGUAAACGUCAGUCGCAGCUGAGAACCUCGCCAGCCCACGUCGCCGAAAUGCCUCCUGUCAUCCAGAGCCCAGCGUUCACCCUUUCCCCAAUCACAGAAGAAGAAGAGGUGGAGAGCAUGGAGGCUCGACUCGUCACCAAGAAGCUGGAGAGCGUCUUGUACCGGGGCGUCGAACGCUACUUCAACGUCGACGCCUUCAUCGUGCCCCGGAAUACACUGCUGAAGGCUGCGCAUGACAUCUUGAGGCUGUCGUCCGAGCGGCCGCUUGGCCUCCGCGGCGCCCUCGUGGAACUCUAUCUCUGCUACGACGGUUCUUGUAAGAGACUGGCACAAGUGGUAGCAGACCCGCGCCAGGAAGUGAAGACCGUGAUCAAGCUGACCCUCCACCAGGACGAGACCUCGGACCCCGCCACGCUGCACCUGCGCUCGGGCUACACGAUGGAGCGCUGCUGCCUGCCGUGAACGGUGAGCCCGCGCAGCACUGGUCGUCGUGGUCGCUGCCAGUGUUUCAGUGAGAAAAGAAAAAAGGGACGUUUGGCAAAGCCAUGGAGGUGGUUUGUUUGGUGGGGAGGUGACACUCCCUGCCGAAGAAUACAUUCGGAGAUAUUCUCUGGACGGAGCUCUCUCGCCUCGGGUCAUGCAGUGCGACGCGUGCCUGAGAACUACUUGGAGCAUUGGAGGAGUGGCAGAAAUCGCCUUGUUGGUAACUGAACCAUGUAGAGGUGCCACGCCUUCCAAUGUUGGCAAUUGCUUAUCGAAUUUGCAGCAGCAUGCGUAUUCUACAGGUUCGUUGUAGUUCAACUGUAAUGUGUAAAUGCAGAUGCCGAAAGAAUUGCUACAUGCAGUACCACUAUGCCAAACUUAAAGCUGUUCCAAAUUUUCUGUUUGGUUUAUUUCAGUGUGACUACGAUUUAUUUUCAGAUGACGUUUUGAUGUAUAUUAUACUAUAAACCAUUAUAAAGGUGUACAGUAUAAUCAUAAUAUUGUAAUAGAUUAGUUGAAAAAGAUAAUUACCUAUUUUUAAUAUUAAAUCCAGCAGAAUGAACUACAUUUAUAGUUCUUUCAACGGAAUUUGAAUGUGUAGCUUGUCAUCCAAAUAUUGUUGUGAGACUCCAUUCUUUGUGAUAACAUAGACGAUAGCACGUAGGUGUGAUUGAUAACACAUGGGAUAUGGUAUGGAGAUAGCAACGGCAACUGAUGAUUUGUGAUAAUUUGCUCACAUCUUUCGCUAUAACUGGUGCUAAUUGUUAACAGACUUCCAUUAUGUAAGAGUUUAUACCCAUGCUUAUGUUGAAGCAAACUUUUCAGGUGAAGACUUUUAUAUGGCAGAAGCUCGGGAGUCUUUCGCUGUUGGUCUUACAUUGGCGGUUUGCCAGUGACGCAAUCUGUGAUACACUGACUGGCAACUUCAGUGGCUUGCUGUUAGUAGAUAGGUCGUGAUUCAGAAGCUUAUAUUAAGUUCUAAAGAUCUGCAGAGUUUUCUUUCUCUUUAAUAGGUGUCAAAGACGAGUGUUAUUAACAGCAUAGUUAUAAGUCAGAUUAUACAUAAGGGAAGACCAUUUAUCACAUUGUGUGGAUUGUUUUCCAGAACUAUACGUUGUGCAGAAUCGAAAAUCGAGUACAAACAAUAGAAAUAAAAGAUAUUGUUUACA